GGACAGCUGCGGUGGCGGUGGUGGCGGGUUGAGGCGGUGUGGGGGUCCGACCACGGCACCUGAUCCCUUCAAUGUGUUUAACGUGCUGUCGCCAGGCCUUGACGGCGGCCUCGGCUGGCUGGCUGGCGCCGACAGCGAUGACGAACAGCAGCAGCAGCGGGGGGUUGGCGGGCGCUGGGGGGCCGCCUACCAGGAGCCGCCUCCGCCGCUGCUGCUGCGGCGCUCGGUGAGUGCUGGGUUGGAGCGGGGAGGAGGCGGAGGCGGCGGCAGGCGGGCAGCGGAGGUGCAGCAGCAGCAGCAGCUGCUGCUGUUGAGGCGGCAGCAGGCGCUGUUGAUGAUGCAGAGGGCACGAGGAAACAGGCCCCUGCCGGGUACGGCGCAACCCCCUGCUCACCCAGCAGCAGCAGCCCCCUCCUCCUCCCCCUCCCGGCUCGCAGCCGCCCCCGCCACACCCCCUCACGCGGGCAGUGCCGUACAUGCGGGCGGUGCCGUACAUGCGGGUGGUGCCCGGAUGCAGGGAGCGCAUGCUUCCGCGUCCAUAGGGGAGGUGGCGGAGGAGCAGGAGGUGGCGGCGGCGGAGGAGGCGCUGUUGGGUCCGAUGAGAUCCGCGCCCUCGCCUGCCGUACAUGCGGCAUACCGGCAGCAGCAGCAGCAGCACUUGCAGCAGAGCGCGGAGGACUCGCCGACGAUGCUGCUGCCGCUGCCGCCGCUGCGGCAGCCACUCCAGCAGCCUCCGUCCGGGGCGACAGCAGGGGCAGCAGGGGCGGGUGCGGUCACCGGAGCGGCCCGGCUGCUUGAAUUCGGAGAUCUGGAUCCGGACCCUCCCGCCGUACAACUGGUGACGACCACCACCACACCCACUGCCGCCAAUAGCGGCGGGGGCGGGGGAAGCGCCUUUGCAUCUGCAUCUGCAGUUGGGAGCUGGGAGGCGGUGAUGGCGGGGACGGCGGAGGUGGCUGCUGCGGGG